CCUGAACAGUGAACUUUCAUACCUUUCGAACAGAUUCGUUGCUGCAUCGCUGAUCUGUAAACAAUUGCUAGACAUAGAUUUGAAGGAAAGGUAGUGCGAGUUGCUAAUCUGCAAAAAUGCGUGUCGUGCAUUGCAGGACCUCUUUCUGUUUGGUGUCUGCGCUUGCGCAGCUGCGUGAAAAAACAGACGAAGGCCACCAGGAACUUAGCGCCGAGAAUGAACGUACACUAGGUCAAGUUGAAGGUGUCUUGAACAAUCUAAGGACAGCUGCAAACUCCGUAGAGUGCGAGUUCGCCGUUCCAAAGACACCUGGCCGAAAGCUGAAAGCUCGCGUCAGUGCCAAGAAGUCAUUUUCCACUCAAGCCGCACCAAAGCGAAAGACUCGUUCAGUAUCAAAGGGUUCCAAGAAGAGUUCAACAAAGAAGAAAACAUCAACUGUCCAAGACGAAGAAAAAUCGUCCACAUCGUCGGAGGACCCGGAGAAGGAAAAUGCUGAUGUGCAACCCAAAUCUGCAGUAAGGUCUACCAGGGCUGCCAGUAAAAAGGGACCACCUGCUAUCAAGGUAGAUGAUGCUACACCAAAAGAAAAACCAAGCCUUCGCCAACCUUUGCGAAGUACGAGACAGACACGUGCUCAGGCGAAGGCCCAGACGGCAAAUUUGGGUUCGGCGACCCCACCCCAUGGAGCGGGCGUAUCGCGGGCGUUGCUCUUCUCACCUGCUAACCGUGCAACCACACCGUCCAAGCAGCUUUUCUCGCCAUAUGCCAAGUGUAGUGUACAGGAGAAGGCAAGAGCCUUUGAGUCAAAGGAGCCUAUCACCCCCUCGCGCGCUGCUGCAACCCCUAAGAUUGGCAAUGCAACAAGAAAUAGAACCACUGCUGUGGCUGCUACAAAAGAAGCAGGUCGCAGUACUCCUUCACCUUUGACACCCAUGCAUCCUGCAUCGGAACUUGUUACUGAGGACAGGAUGCCUGCAACUCCUGCAAGUCCGAAGACACCAGCCUUGCCAUCACCUUUGAAAUCUGCUUCAAAAAAUAGUAGCGUAGAGGAAGCGGCAGCGGCCACCUGUGAGGACAUCACUCCUACAAAUCAUCCUGUCAAUGAGAAACCCACGAAGAGGGUGUCCAGCACAUCUCCGUCAAAGCGCAAGGAACAGCCCUCUUCAUUACGUUCCAGUCCUCCUGCCCUAGAACGUGACUCUACAGUAGAGCCCACUGCCACAUCGCCGGCAGCUUCCCCAGAUGAGAAGCAGGCUCCCUCCACACCAGACACCGAGCCGGUUAAAGAAAGGCGCAUUACGAGAGCUUCUGUUGCAGCUGCGCCACUCGCCACACUGUCGAAGACAACCUCACAGGCAACACCUGCUGGCGUUCGAGCGGCUAGUCGCCCGUAUCCUGCGUCAUCAUCGUCGACAGCAGAAUCGGACUCUGACGAUAAUUGGGUGGAAUCACCUACCACACCGAAGCGAGCUCGUCUCCCCCCUACAAGCCCUCACAUUGGGUCUGGUGUGAAGCUCAGUGGUGUUCUAGGUUCCGCGAAGGCACUUAGGAAGGACUGGCCAGUACACAAGGCAGCCGCUGGGCGCAAGAUUUCGACUACUAGUACUUCUUCCUUCAGGUCGGCUCCCAUGACUCCAAAGCAGGUCACACCAUCCAAGGCAACACGACUGUUUACCACAAGUGAAGCACGACAGUUUGGUCUUGCUAAAGCCAAAAACAACAGCGAGUUAGAGCAGCAGCGCAAGCAAGAGCUGUUGCGGAUGAAAAUCGAGACAUCAAAGAAAGACCGAGAGCAGAGGCUGGCUAGGGUACAAGCUCAGCGGGAGCGACGUGAAGCCGAGCGGCGAGAGCAGGAGCAGUUGCGGCAACGUGAAGCUCAGCAGAAGGAGCUGGAGAGGUUGAAGCAACGAACUGCAUUCCAUCAGCGCAAGCAGAGCGAGCGGAGCCUCAAUGUGGAUACCUUGGCAGCUGCUACAAAGAGGAAAGCAGAAUCCCCUCUGGUCUCUGCAGCUAAGAGGAUCACACCCCUGAAAAUAAGCAAGCCUCCAAAGAUGGCCAGGAAUGCUUGCGCUGACGCAGAGGCUGCCAGGCUCAUCUUCGCCCAGCCAAGUACGAGCCUCUCGCAGAAGGCAAAGUUGAACAACAGCCUCCAGCAGCAGGCAAUGCUCAACAGCCUGUCACAGUCCCUCAGGAGCCAGGCAAGCUUUCUGCCCUCCCCUGAGCGGCCUCAGGCAGCCUCUGCUGCAUCGCAGUCCAUCACAGAGCUUGUCGAGAGCACACCAGAAAAGCAGCGUGCUGCUCUGAACGUCACCGUGACGCUGUCUUCUGAGGACAAGCCUGCGGAGGCCCUCGGCGAGACAUUCACCAUGCCUCACGACUCCAGUGUACUAAACACACCAGCAGCAGCAGCCAACUCUACGUUCGUAAGGAGUGAAGGCCCCCCGAGGUCGAGCGGGUAUGACAUUACACCACACAGGAGUGAGCUUCCUCCAGAGCCCAUCAAGGACAAGAACAACUAUGACAUCGAGGACCUCAACUCUGGCGAUGAAACUGAUGAUGAUGAGAAACCACGCAAGGAAGUCCCCGCCUGGGCUAAAGGUGCCGCCCUGAAUGCCCUCGUGGCACGACAGAACAGAAGCGGGAUAUCAGGCCUGGAGUUCUUUGGCGUGAUGCCCUUGCUGAGCUUGGACAACAUAUUCCCAGUGAAGAAGAAGACUUUCAACAAGCGCACCAGUUCAGCACUGUGGGACUGAGGAUCCCAGGGGUUUUUUAUUCUCUUGGAAUGGUGCAAUGAUGAACAUUUUUCCAAAAUGUGUCUGCACUGUUUUGCGGUCUCUUAUUUGUCGUACUACUUUGCAAGGGUUACUCAAAAUUUGAAUUAUUCUGACAUUCGUGGAAACUUGAAAUAGUCUACUGCGCAAUGAUUGUGUGCUCACUUGCAUAGGUUGCUGUACGUGACUUGUAUUUGCUUUUCUUGUGCAAGCCAUCUAGACUCUUAGAUGGAGCCAAUAGUGAAAAGUUAACCUGCUGCCAGUUUUAGCCACCUAUUUUGUUAUUUUUUAAAAUAAGGUUUCUUCCUUUUUUUACGACACUAUUCCAGUAUUUCUUAACUGUCGCCUCUGGUAGACAGUACAAAUUAAUCUCUCUGCAUCUGCACCCAGCAAGACAGCAGUUACAUGCAACUGAAAUCCCACUGUUCAAUUAACCUUCAAAAAGUCCCGCUAAGUAUUGUUAUAAACGCAUGUACCACAACAACACAUUCCAUACUAGUAAUGUAGUGCUCACAUUUGGUAGCAGAUUGAAGUCAUGUAUCUCGGAAUAAUUAAAUUGCCUCAGUUUUGAGAUAGCCACCUUUAAUUUGUAGCACAAAAUCUUUGGGAAGUGCAGGACAAAACUAAAAGAAUGCCAUUGCGUUUCAUGACAGACGUUCUAGCCAGAUAUAUGGAAAUUACCUUUAUGCUUGUUUCACAUACUGUGAUUUGCCCAUUACUUUGUGUGCAACUACUGCAGAAUGUGGAUUUGGAAUUCAGGCUUGGGGAAAAUUACGGAAACAAGGCAGCGGAGUGUAAUGUGCAUUCCAAUGUGCCGGCAUCUUUCUGUACUCUUUCCUUGCAGAGUUGCAGUUGCCGUGUGGGAGGUCGCUCAAAGGAGCAUAUGAAACAAACCUCUCAUAGCAUCGUCUGCAUACUUUGAAUCGCAGACUUAGCACGUGAAAUAGUUUGGCCCGUCACUUACGCACCGAUAUGUGUUCCAAAGCGAUUAAUUGAAACGUUGGCGCAUAUUUGUUUGUCGGCGAUGCCAUUAUGCUUUGCGAUUUUUUGAAGAGGCAAUGUUCGUCUCUUCAUCGAUUUCGCCAGAAGCAAUGUUCUUGGUCGACUGCAACUCCUGAAGAGGUUGAUUUGCAUUAUGUGCUGAAAAAAGUGGCGCAGUCAGGCAUCAUUAUGAUGGUCGUAUGCGGCAUGAAAUCCCUUUCAUUAUAUCUGAUAAUCUGUCGUAUCCAUGUUCAUCUGUAUAGAGUUUUUCCAAGAUUUUUCUUUUUAAUUGCAGAUGUCACAGUAUCAUUUGUAUUAGUAUCUUUUUCUUGUUUUCUGUUGUUUUAUUUAAAUACGUAGAGUUUUUGGCUUACAAAACUCACCCCAAAUUACUUUUGCAUGCACUUUCAUGCUAACUUGUCAUUGUACAUACAUAAUCUCAUGUUGUGUUCCUCUUUGUUGCUUUGUAUGUGCACUUAGAUUCUGUCCCAGCGAACUUUACAACAACAGUGUUUGCUGUUUUACUCUCAUUGCAAAGCGCCUUUUGUAGCUUCGUACUCUUUUAUUCUGGACAAAAAAGAUUGCAUUGAAAGCAGUGAUCCAUGGAAAAAAGUAUUGCCGCGAGUCUCUGUGUAUGCUUUUUUUCUUUUAUUUCUUUCUGUCCAGGCAGUAGGCAUAAACGUGCGCUUUUAUAUCUGGUAGUGAGAGUUCACGUGGAUUAAGCCUUUGUGAAACCUCUACGGUUAUGUUUUGAAGUCUGUUCUUAAAUAUGAUGUGCUAAUCGCGACUUUGUACACUAAGCUAUUUAUAACCCCAUAGUGAAAGGAGGCUGCAAGUCCUUUAUUAACUUUUUUUAUUUUUUUUUUUUAUUGCACGUUGUGCUCUUUACAUUGUGCUGUUAUAUUUUUACAACAUUUUGCCUGACCAAUGUGCACCAUUGACUGCUGUUAGCACAAGUUCCUUGGAACUGUCAGUUGUUCACGUCACUCAUUGUACAAAUUGAAGUGACGGUUCAGGGAGUAUAAACGCAACUUUGGGUUUCUGAAUGCAGUGCAGUUGGCCAAUACUAAAUUAAAAGGCCAUCCGUACUGUUUGCUUUGCUCUUCUAAAUACUAGGUGGAAAACUCUUUUGGCAUAUGAGGAAACGCUAAGAGGAGGCCAGGUAAGGUCGUAGAUAAGGAUGAAGAGGGCGAGGCAGGAUACACGAGUUCAGUCUUGCAACUUCUUUUAUUUUGAAAGCAGCACACAGAAGCUCAUACGUAUCGUUUGAAAUAAUGGAGACUCGAGAAAGUUGGCUGCACACACAACUACAUUAGGUGCCAGCUUAGGAAAGCGUUUUGCUGUAGUUGCUGUAUAUAGUGUUGCAACUUCAAUAAAAUGUGUGGGACCAAAGAAGGUGAGGAAGGCAGGGGGAACACACUCCCCACUUCUAAUGUAGGACGCUGCAUCCACCCAUCCCUUUGGCGUUGCGUAGAAGUUGCCUGGACCACAUUUCUGUCUCCAUCCUACUGAGCACUGCAGUAUUUCCAAGCACAGCACAAAGUGUGAGCUCUUUGUAGUGUGCAUGCAUUUGCUGUCUCACUGCUGUACAAUGACUGGAAAAAUAAAUGAAACAUAGGCGUGGGAAGGUU